UAGUACCGUAGUAGUACCAUUACCCCUUUUCACAACAGAGGCAACGCCUUCCAACAAAUAGGCCAUGCUCUUUUGGAAUUCUUCACGCCGCAGAGCCAUGUGGCAUUCAAUUUCCUUCGUCCAUUCCUGUUCUCAAGUUUGACACACCUCUGAAGUGCAGGCAGAAAAGUCCUGGAGAAAUGCCGCGGAAGGCCUCUCAAGGAGCAGCAACACUCUUGCAGGCCGCGGAGAUGGGAGAUACACAUACGCUCCGUCAAGAGCUGCAGCUGCGACCGCAACUGCGAGAAGCGUGUAACAGCAGGGGUGAGACUGCUUUGAUAGUCGCAGCACGUCUCGGCCACGUCUCGGCAUGCAAGCUUUUAGUAUCGCUACGCGCUGAUGUAGAGGCCACUGACAGCGCCAGUGGCACACCUCUAGCCUACGCUGCGAAGGGGAAGCAUGCGGAGAUUUGCCAGUUGCUGCUUGAACAUGGUGCUGAUAUCGAAUCCGUGGACUGCGGUGUCAGAAGUGCUGGCUGUGUGCUGCAAUGAGACGCAAAA